AUGGAGGUUGAGAUCAAGCUCCGCCUCCCCGACGCCGCCGCGCACCGCCGCCUGUCCGCGUUCCUCGCGCCCCGCCUACGCCGCACCCACGCCCAGCGGAACCUCUUCUUCGACGCCGCCGCGCGCACGCUCGCCGCCGCCACCGCCGCGCUCCGCGUCCGCCUCUACGACGGGCCCGACGACCGCGCCCCCGAGCGCGCCGUCCUCGCGCUCAAGCGCCGCCCGCGGAUCGACGCCGGCGUCAGCCGCGUCGAGGAGGUCGAGGAGCCACUCGACCCCGCGCUCGCCCUCGCCUGCGCCGACGACCCCGCCCGCCUCGGCGGCCUCGACUCCCCCAUCAUCCGCCUCGUCGCCGCCGAGUACGGCGUUGGCGGGGACGCCGCGCCCUUCAUCUGCCUCGGCGGCUUCAGGAACACGCGCGCAGUCUACGACUACGAGCUCGAGGAUGGCGGUGGCGGCCUCGUGCUGGAGCUCGACGAGACGCGGUUCGACUUCGGGACCAGCUACGAGCUCGAGUGUGAGACGGCGGAGCCUGACCGGGUCAAGGAGGUGCUGGAGAGCCUGCUCACGGUGGCCGGCGUGCCCUACGAGUACUCCCGGAGUAACAAGUUCGCUUGCUUCAUGGCAGGGAAGCUGCUUCCUUGA